AUGGCGACCUACUCUAAUCUUUCGGUCUCGGUCUUUAUAUUUGCGGCGUUCCUUUAUGUAGCACAUGUAUUGCGAAGGCCAACUUCGAAAGUCCCAGGACCAUGGUACUCGAAGUGGACGGGCAUCGUCCUCCAAUAUCACUGGCUGAGGGGGCAGCGAACCUACUACAUACACUCGCUGCAUCAGCGCUAUGGACCUACUGUCCGUCUGAGCCCUAACGAAAUCGGCCUAGCUAGCAUACACGACGUCAAGACCGUUUACCACCUACGGGAGACGUAUGUGAAGUCGUCCUUCUAUACAGAUGUUACCGUUUCGUCGCAGCCGAACAUGUUCAAUACUCCCAACGUCCAAUACAAUAGGAGGUUACGAAGGCUAUUGGGAGGCCCCAUGUCGGAUUCAGCCAUCAGAGGCGUAGAGCCCAUAGUUGUGGAAUUAGCUACGCUAGCUAUCCAGCGGAUGGGGGAGGAAAUCAGUAGACGUGGUGCCGUCGACGUCCUGAAAUGGUGGACUUCUAUGGCUACGGACGUGAUUGGCACACUCACAUUUGGGGAGUCUUUUAGGACUCUGGAGCAGGGAAAACCAUCAGCCUAUACCCGGGAUCUUGCUCAAGUCGGCCCGGUGGCUGGGCUCAGGGCUACGUUCCCUUCCCUUAUUCCGCUCACCGAUUACAUCCCUAUUCCCUUCCUGAAGGCGGCUAGGGAUGCCACACAUAGAAUCAUGCAGUAUUCGAGGGAAUCUAUACAGCGUUAUCAGAAUCUCCUUGAUUCCGACUCAUCCCGAGCGCAACAUACGUUCUUCUCCAAUGUCUUCAAGGCGGCGGACGAUGAUAAACUGACCUCGGAUGAGGUUUGCGCCGCAGCCCUGACCUACAUCGUUGCUGGCACCGACACGACGGCCAACAGUCUGACUUACCUGACCUGGAGUGUUUGCAGGAACCCGAAGAUGAAGGCGAGGCUUCUCGACGAACUUCAAAGCCUACCUCAGGACUACUCUGACUCGCAUUUGCGGAAGCUGCCCUUCCUAAAUCAUCUCAUUGAUGAGACCCUAAGGCUGUACUCGGCGGCACCAGCGAGCCUACCGCGUGUAGUACCUUCGAAUGGCGCAGAACUGGGAACAUAUUGGGUUCCGGGAGGAACAGUCGUUUCUGCACAGCCCUACACCAUGCACCGAGACCCGAUUGUUUUCCCUCGCCCGGAGGAGUUUAAUCCCGAGAGGUGGGAGACCGUCACGCCGGACAUGAAAAGUCACUUUAUGCCGUUCGGGCGAGCUGGAAGAAUCUGCAUUGGGAUGCAUUUGGCUUAUAUGGAGCUUCGUCACGGUGCGGCCAAAUUCUUCUUGGAAUUUCCCAAUGCCACCAUUUCCAGCAAAGAAGGCAUGAGUGAUGAAGAAAUGACGCCGGAAAUCUUUUUCCUCCUGGGGCCCAAAGGGCAUAGAUGCCUCAUAGAAAGCGAAGGACGGCUGUGA